AUGACGCUGGUGAUCCCGGGCGAGGCCGGGCAACGUGCCCAGGCGCGUGCAAGCUACAUCUUGCAAGAAACACAGGAGGCUGUGCAGUGGGGUGGCGUGGCAUGGGCUCCCCCAGAUAAGCGGGAGCCGCUCACGCGCGACACCGUCUUGGACGCCCUCGCCGACUUUGUGGAGUACGGCGGGCGCCAGAUCCUCUUCACGGGCUACGCGCACAGGCAAGGCUGGAGCAUAGGCAGCGAUCCAAGCAACAUCGUCACCUGGCGCACGCUCAUGCACACGAUUGACAAGGCGCUCGCAAGCCCGGCCACCAUCGUCCUGUGGAUGCUCGGCACGUGCGCUGCCAACGCCGACGCCCCAUUCCACACCUUCAACCGCCAGCGGCAGGACGGCACCAAGCCCAAGCGCAAGGCCCACUUUGCUGUGCGCUUCUUUGGCGGCGCGGAGGCCCUCCCUUACCAGAUGCCGUGCUCGACCAAGAAGCCCGCAAGGAGGGGCCACACGAAGGAGGGCGACAAGAAGAAGCCCGAGAAGAAGGACAAGAAGAAGCCCGAGAAGAAAGGGAAAGGCGCGCCAGAGUCACCGGUUGCCACUGCCCCCGCUGAUGCAACCGUGUGGCCGGGGUCACAGCGGUGUACGCCGAGCAUCCGCCCUGCCGAGGCCACGCGCGCCGUUGUUUUGGCGGUGGAGCGACAGGGCCACAUCCCAUCGGGGGUGUCCAUGCAGCUGGACGCCACCAUUGCCCGGCUCGGUCUCCGCGUUCCCGUCAUCGGCCCUGACGCUGCUGAUCCAUCUCGACCCGAACACGACCUGCAACCGGCCCCAUACGUCUGCAGCAGGCUCUCCGCUUCACAGGAGCGCCCACAACAGCAACACCACCACCAACAACAGCAGCAGCAGCAGCAGCAACAGCAGCAGCAGCAGCAACACCAGCGUGAUGCGCGUAAACAAAGUCAACACCAACAACCACAACAGAGACGACAGCGACGGCGCGGCAGUGCAGAGGAUUUGCUGGAUGUGGCGUUUGUCUCCCGUGCAUGCGAGUACGUGCAACAAGAUGGCGAUGAUGGUGGUGAUGGUGGUGAUGGUGGGCCGAGCGUGUCGCCAGCAAAGCAGACGGCACGCGGGAGCACAACCGGCCUGUGGUGGCAGGCAACCAGAAACGCUCGACAGCCGUGCAAAGUCAACGCCAUCUACACGAUGAUGCCAGACCCGCACCGCAUCCUGCCGUCUCCAACAGCCGCCCACGCUGUGUUUGAGGGUGUGCAUCGCCACCUCUUUCGCCUGCUGUGCACAUCUGACCGCAGUGGCGUGUUCCACGCUCCGCUCGGCCCGUUGCCCAUCACCAUCGCCGACACCACUGUUCAGCUCACCAUUCGCCGCAACCUCACGCGCCAAACCUAA